UUUUUAUUUGUUUAUUUAUUUGUUUUCCUAUACUAACCAAGUAACAUGCUCCUUAGACUUUAUAAAAGCAUAGUCUCAGUCUGGUAUAAAUGCUUAUAGUAUAAGAGCAUAUAAGCAAAGUAUGCUUAAUCGUUAAUGAAAGCAAAACCUGGCUUUUGUUUGCACACCCAACUCACGUUACAACCCAGACCAAAUUAACAAAUUUCCAAAACGUUUUUACAAAACGUGAAAGUGAUAGGCGUCAAGUUGCUUCGGGGUUUUUCCUUUCGAAAUUCAAUUAGAACGCGUUGUUUCAACUCAAAGCCAUCCAUGUCCUCUGAAAAAUCGCAACUGUCACCAUGGUUUGCUCCUACUGGACAUAAGACGGAGUUAAACGUUUUCAACACCAUUACCCAUUCCAAGGUCCCUUUUAAGACCAAUGGCUCCAUGGUCACUUGGUACUGUUGUGGUCCAACCGUGUACGAUGCUAGUCACAUGGGCCAUGCCCGUAAUUAUGUGACUACAGACAUCUUGCGAAGAAUUUUACAGUCUUAUUUUGGCUAUAAUGUUACUUUCGUUCAAAACGUAACUGAUAUUGAUGACAAAAUUAUCCUUCGUGCCCGUCAGCAAUAUCUUUUUGAGCAAUACAAACAGCAAAACGAGCAUAAUUAUGCUUCUCCAACUGUGAAAGCUAAAGUUACCGAGGCGUGGCUAGCUUAUGCCAAGAAGAAUCUCCCCGAAUCCCCCCAAUCCGUGGAUGAAUGGUCUAAUUGGUUGGCUACCCACGAUAUUACCACUUUGGCACUUGCAGCUCCUAAGGUUCCUUUGUAUGCCGAUUCUCUCACUCAAGGUGUAGAAGGAUUAAAGAUCGCUGAGGAAGCCAAAUCUGAAGAUAGUGAGCUUUUCUGGUCUAAGGUCCAAGAGGUGCUUAUUCCGGUCCUUGACUCCGAACUUGGAAAUACCGUUACGGAUCCUGCUAUUUUCCGUAAAUUGUCUGCAUACUGGGAAAAUGAUUAUAACGAGGAUAUGCGUGCUUUAAAUGUGCUACCACCUACCACAGUUACUCGGGUUUCUGAGUUUGUACCUGAAAUUGUCGAAUAUGUUCAAAAAAUUAUUGAUCGUGGUUAUGCUUAUCCAGUUACUGAUGGAAGUGUUUAUUUCGACACUGAAGCCUUUUCCAAAGGUGGUCACUUUUAUGCGAAACUUGAGCCUUGGAAUAAGGGAAACCGUGAUUUGAUUGCUGAAGGUGAAGGUUCUCUUGCUGCUCUAACUGGUAAGAAGCGUCCCGGGGAUUUUGCUCUUUGGAAGUCUAGUAAACCGGGUGAGCCUUCCUGGGACAGCCCUUGGUCGAACGGCCGUCCAGGUUGGCAUAUCGAGUGUUCUGUAAUGGCUAGUGCAGUUUUAGGUCCCAAUGUUGAUAUUCACUCAGGUGGUGUCGAUUUAGCCUUUCCGCAUCAUGAUAAUGAAUUAGCCCAAAGUGAAGCAUAUCAUGACUGCCCACAGUGGAUUAACUACUUUUUACACACCGGACACCUUCACAUUGAAGGCCAAAAAAUGUCUAAAUCUCUCAAGAAUUUUAUUACUAUCAAAGAAAUUCUCAAGAAAUUUACACCUAGACAACUUCGACUUGCCUUUUUGUUGCAACAGUGGAAUUCUCAACUCGAUUUCAAAGAUGCUCUUUUGGCUCACGUGUUGAAUGUAGAGCAAACUUUGGAAAACUUUUUCCAAAAUGUCAGAGCUUUAAACAUUGAAUCUCAAGGAUUAAGUCAACAAGGAGGCCAUGUUACUGAAAAAUAUGGAGAACUCGAAAGGCAACUUUUAAACGAUUUGCAAACUGCUCAGCGCAAUGCCCAUUCUGCUUUGUGCGAUAACUUUAAUACUCCUUUAGUUAUGUUCCAUAUCGAUAGUUUAGUUGGAAAAUCCAACAUCUACAUUCGAGAUGUUGGACAAAAACCGUGCACUCGUUUGCUUAACGAAAUUGCCAUGUGGAUUACCAAAAUGCUGCAAGUUUUCGGUCUGGAUGAUGAAGGUCGUCCUAACGCCAUCGGUUGGUCGUCCAAAUCCUCAGCUUCUGUAUCCAACUCCAAUGAUGCUAUUCCAUAUGUACGAGCGGUUUCUACCUUCCGUGAUCGCAUCCGUGAACUAUGCAUUGCUAAGGCUCCUAUCCAAGAAAUUUUGCAAGCUUGUGAUGUCUUUAGAGACUAUGACAUGGCUGAGCUUGGUGUUAGCUUGAACGAUCGCCAACAGGGGCCAGCCUUAAUUAAACUUGUAGAUCCACAAGUAUUGAUCCAAGCGCGUGACCAGAAAAUUGCAGAAGAACAAGAAAAGGAAGCCAAAAAGUUGAAGGCGAAAGCCGAGCAAGAAAACAAAUAUAUCGAGCGCAUUAUGAAAGGUAAAGUUGCUCCUUCAGAGAUGUUUAAACUAUUUGAGGAAUUUUUGUCGUUUGAUGAAAGUGGUUUCCCCACUAAAGUCCGUGCAGAAGAUGGUUCUGAGGUUGAAUUACCUAAAAGCCGUAAAAAGAAGUUACAAAAAGAAUAUACCACCCAAGAGAAACUGCAUAAAGAGUACUUGGCAUACAUAGAGAAAAAGAACCAAGACUAAAUUUUAUCAUUCUUUAAUAUUAAUUCAGUUUAAAUUUUUGGUAUGCUAAAUAUUCUGGCUUUGUAUAUAUGUAUAGAUUAGUUACGAGAGUAUUCUUAAUUAUAUCCUGCUCAAGCUAGUUUUAUGCUAUUUCUAAAAGCUUCACUAACUUCUUGUAAAAUUUCUAUUUAAAUAAUGAGUAAAAUCACAUUCUUCAGAAGCA